UUCUCGCUCAUCAUCUAUUCCACAGUGUUCUGGCUGAUCGGCGCCCUGGUGCUGUCUGUGGGGAUCUACGCGGAGGUGGAGCGGCAGAAGUACAAAACCCUGGAAACUGCCUUCCUGGCUCCGGCCGUCAUCCUCAUCCUCCUGGGGGUCGUCAUGUUCAUCGUCUCCUUCAUCGGUGUGCUGGCCUCCCUCCGGGACAACCUGUGCCUUCUUCAAGCGUUUAUGUACGUCCUUGGGAUCUGCCUCAUAAUGGAGCUCAUUGGUGGUGUGGUGGCCUUAAUCUUCCGGAACCAGACCAUUGACUUUCUGAAUGACAACAUUCGAAGAGGAAUUGAGAACUACUAUGACGACUUGGACUUCAAAAACAUCAUGGACUUUGUUCAGGAACAGUUCAAGUGCUGUGGUGGAGAAGACUACCGAGACUGGAGCAAAAACCAGUACCACGACUGCAGUGCCCCUGGGCCGCUGGCCUGCGGGGUGCCCUACACCUGCUGCAUCAGGAACAAGACGGAUGUCAUCAACACCAUGUGUGGCUACAAAACUAUCGACAAGGAGCGCCUCAGCGUGCAGAACGUCAUCUACGUCCGGGGCUGCACCAAUGCUGUGCUCAUCUGGUUCAUGGACAACUACACCAUCAUGGCGGGGCUCCUGCUGGGCAUUCUUCUCCCCCAGUUUUUGGGGGUGCUGCUGACGCUCCUGUAUAUCACCCGAGUGGAGGACAUCAUCACGGAACACUCUGUCACCGACGGGCUCCUGGGGCCUGGCACCCAUCCCAGCGUGGAGGCGGCGGGCACAGGGUGCUGCAUGUGCUACCCCAGUUAGGGGCCUGCGUGGGACAGUGGCUCCAACAGGACUGUGUCAGGAGGCAGCGCUUGGUCUGCUCAGGCUGGCGGGGCUGCGCUGUGGCCCCUCUGCCCGCACGGUACUGGCCAGGGCCCAUGGCCCCUGCCCCCGGGGGUGGCUCGAGCCUCUCCUAAGAGGCUUCUCCAGUUCUGAGUGCUCCAGAUGUUGUGCCCACACUGCAGGGCCUGUGGACCCUGCGUCCCUGCUCCAGGCCUGGGCUGUGGAGUGAAGGGGAGCUGAGUGCCUGGCUCCGGCCCAUUUUAUUUCCAGCAGUGCCUUGGCCGUGGUUGUUGUGCCCCCCGGAGGGCAGUUUUUCAGUGAUUUGUAAGUGGAGAGAAGACUAUGCAGCUCUGCUCCCUCGUGCCCUGGCCAUGCCCCAGGCACCCGGGCAGGCCGUUUCUCUUGUGCCUUGAGCCCCUUGCAAGGGCUGCUGCUCUGCUGACCCAUUUUCUACAUGAUUUUUGUAACAUUUGUAUUUUGUAUACAUUAACAGGAGUUUCUGACUAUCCAAAGCCAGACAAUGCCCCACACACUCCUCUUGCCCCACCAGUCAGUUCAUUAAUCAAACAAUAAAGACGUGAUUG